AUGGAUACUUGUCAUGCCCACGUCCUUGCCCCAGUUCCCCUGUGUGUUCUCUUUGUGUCUGUGAUUACCUGUCCCUGUCCCUGGAAUAUUUCAGGACCAUGGGUCUUCCUACUGCUCUGCACACAUGGGGCCCACGGACUCACCUCUUUCCCCGACAACUUGGUCGUAGGCAAGCGUGAAGGCAGCGUCACCCUGAACUGUCCGACAGAGCUGGAAGGUGAGGUGAAAUGGACGCAUGAGCGCGGCCCGGACCCGUACCCCCUGGACGAGAGCGAUUACGACAUGGAGGGGCACAGCCUGACGCUCUCGGACCUGGGUGGCCCCCUGCUGGGGGAGUACAGCUGCUGGGGCCAAGGUGGCAAGCUGUCCUCCUCAUACGUGCUGCUGGAUGCUGAGGAAGAGGAGGAAGACACCACUGAGUCUCAGCUAAGCUGCCGAGCCAGUUCCUACAACUGCUCCUUCACCUGCACCUGGAGCAACAGCGAGGUCACCGCCCUGCGCCUGGGUCUGGGCCCUGACUGUUUGGAGGGUAAGCCUUCCUGCUCCUGGGUCAGUCCCAAUACCAGAGACCCCGAGGGACUCGAGGGAGGCUACACCUUCACCAUCCUCCACCCCUUCUCAGCCUACGCUGAGGAGAGCACCGCCUUGCUGGUGACCGCAGAGGCCAUCGACGGCCGCUCAUACUUCAGGGAGACCAAGCAGUUUUACCUGAGGGACAUUGUUCAACCUGAUAGCCCACAGAAGGUGAAAUGUCGGGUGGAGAAGAAGAUGUUAAAGGUCACAGUGGAGCCUGCGCCCACCUGGACCACGCCCAGUAGCUUCUACCCUCUGGAGCACGAGAUAGAGUACCGGAAAAAGGACGACGGAAAGGUGGAGAGUUCGACCACUGGCCUCAUCCCGAGGGAGGUGAGUGAGCUGAGGGUGCGUUCCAGAGACCCUUUCGUCGAGUCUACCUGGAGCCAGUGGAGCCCCUGGAAAAAUGUGCAUUUUAAACACGAAGAAAAGAGGAAAAGGGGUUGUAAAUCGAAUGAUCGAACGACCUGCUGCAAAAACAAGACAAAGAAAAGUAAAAGAAGAAAUUUGGCCCAUGACAACGCUGUUUUGGUGCCAAUUACCAUGGCAGACAACUGACAGCUGCGGGAAGCAAAAAUUAUUUUUGCAUGCUUUAUUGUUGUUUGUUAACCUUAGAUAAUACAUGUGUCUUGAUCCCAAGGCUGAAAAAACUUAUUAUAGUCUGACUCUUACUUGUGUUUGAGUAGAAUGUCCGGUUACAGCUGUAACCUAGUCUGUUUCCUCCAAAUAGCAUCCCCUUUAGUUUUAUCUGAUUCCAGACAAGAUAUAUCUCAGUUAGUCUUUGAUGCAUUUACAAUUUUUGUGUUAUUUCACCUGCUGCUAGGCCCACCCUCAUUGAUGCUUUACGCUAGCCUAUAGGCCUAUAUUCAAAUAUAUUGUUGCCUACCUAUACACACUUACACAAUACAGUUCGUGUUAAAAAAGGUUUAUUAUUUAUCUAAUAUCUAGGCUACUGAUUAUUUCUGUAUUUGGAACUGGUGGGCCUAAUUAAUGGUGUGAACGCAAUCAGUUGAGAGAGGCUGAUAAUUGACGAAAUAAAUUAAUAAUAUAUGAA